UUAACAUUGAGGAAGCACCUUGGGACCUUCAAUGAACCAUUUGCAUGUAAGCUCGAGGUGAUGUUAAGGUCAUUUGAACAGCAGACUCUUACAAUUGAAAUGCAAGGCAUGAAGGACACAAUGUUGACUGAUUAUUUUGCUCGUAAAUAG